AUGGCUGGGAAGAAGGUCGCCCUCAGUAGUGUUUCCCUCAUCUUUGCCUGUGGAACUGCUCUGUUCUCUGAUGGUUAUGCCAACAAUGUCAUUGGUUCUGUCAAUACUCUUCUAAAGCGUAUAUAUGGCACCAGCGGCAUCACAACGAACUACAGUACCACACUCAGUAGCGUGGCCUUUGCAGGCACCGUAGUGGGUAUGCUCACCUUUGGCUACCUCUCCGAUAAAGUUGGGCGCAAAUUCGGUAUGAUGUCCGCAACUGGGAUUGUUGCAGUAUUUUCUGGUCUCUCGGCAGCUUCUUCUGGUGCUAACAAAAGCCUUGAUGGUAUGCUCGCCAUGCUUAUCGCUUGUCGCUUCCUUCUUGGGAUUGGCGUCGGUGCUGAAUACCCUUGCGGUUCCGUGUCCGCAUCUGAACAGUCGGAGGAAGAAGGCAUUGCUAAAAACUCGCAUCACCGAUGGCUGGUGCUCGCAACGAACACUAUGAUUGAUGUCGGUUUCGUUGUUGGAGCAUUCGUACCAUUGGUACUUUACUGGAUAUUUGGGAACAACCACCUUCGUGCCGUCUGGCGCCUCUCACUUGGGCUUGGUGUUAUUCCUGCCGCCGCUGUCUUCAUUUGGCGGCUGCGCAUGGAGGAACCUACUCGUUACAAGCGCGAUUCAAUGAAGAAUGUCCGUAUCCCAUAUGGACUAGUCAUUAAAAGAUACUGGCGUGGCCUGCUUGGCAUUUCGCUGGCGUGGUUCAUCUACGACUUCAUCACAUACCCAUUCGGACUUUAUUCAUCCACAAUCACUGAUUCCGUUACCGGUGGCAAUUCAUCCCUCACCGUUGUCUUUGGUUGGAAUGUUGUGAUCAACCUGUUCUACAUCCCAGGCACCGUUGUGGGAGCCUUCUUUGUUGAUCUUAUGGGUCCCAAAACUACUAUGAUCACUGGCCUUCUCGCGCAAGCGUUCAUUGGAUUCAUCAUGAGUGGUCUCUAUACCCAGCUGUCACAACACAUUGGCGCUUUUGCUGUUGUGUACGGUAUUUUCCUGAGCUUCGGGGAGUUUGGUCCUGGAAACUGUGUUGGUGUAUUGUCUGCAAAGUCCGGGCCUACUGCUGUACGUGGCCAGUACUACGGUGUUGCGGCUGCUAUUGGAAAAAUCGGCGCAUUUAUUGGAACUUGGGUGUUCCCUAUCAUGAUCACGGAUUUUGGUGGCUCAAGUUCAUCUAAAGGCAACACUGGCCCCUUCUGGGUUGCCAGUGGUCUCGCCAUCCUAAGCGCACUUAUUGUAUACUUCCUUGUAAAACCCCUAGACCCCGACGGUAUGAAGGAGGAGGAUGCCAAGUUCCGGGCUUACCUUGAAGCGCACGGUUUCGACGUCUCACUUAUGGGUCUUCCCGAAACCGAAACCGUGUCAUACGCAGAUGGGAAAGAAAGGGAUUCAGUGAUCAAGGACGCGGACUCAGCCACCAAAGUCGCAGUUUAG